CCUUAUUAUCGUUCUUGAAUCUAGACUUAGUGCCUCCGGGCGAGAUAAAAUCGAAACAUCCAUCCAUCCAUGCCUCCAACAUUAAAAACUAGAGCAUAUCAAGAGUGUUUUCCCGCUUUGUGCCGUCACCUCCUGACAAGACAAAGCCAAAAAAUGUCCGAUGUCGCAAGAAAAUCUCGAUUGACUGAGAACAAGCGUCGCUACCGAGCGUUCCAGAAAGAGUGUACACGGCCAUCCCGUUCAUGCAGGUCGAGGCGGUCCUGUUGGGCGCAUGGCUCCCGCAGAGCGUGUUUAUCGACGGGAUUGCUAUCGGUAAUAUAAUGCCUGCGCCGCUGGCCAUCUUCGCGACAUUUGUGGGUUUCCAAGGCGCGUAUGUAUAUGGAAAAUGGGUCGCUUGGCAACGCGUUUGCAGGGGCUGUCAUCAUCACCCUAGGGAUGUUUUCCCCUGUUUCCUGAGAAGUUGGGUCGGAAUCAGUUCCUCGCUAGCUUUUUCGACGGUCUCUGUGGCUCGGUCAUUGGUGGUAUCCCGAUGAUCGCGGCGCAGAUCCUCAAGGCUAGCGUCGAGGGCACUCUGGACAAAGUGAAGGAAAAGACGCUGGGUGAGGCCGUUACCGCCACUGCUCAGGUUGACCCGGCGGCGGUUCUUUACCUGCUUGUCCUGGCGGUUCUUUAUACGUUCAACAACAAGUACACCACGCUCUUCUUGGUUAUCGCCGGCGCUGUUGCGGGGCAGUUUCUCUUUGUGGACGUCUAGAGGUGAUGGAGUAUGUAUGUAUGGGGUACGGUAGAGAAGUUGGAUCCAUUAGUUUUAUAUCUGGGAUCGUGUUCACCAUUACACCAAGUGGCCUCAGUGUCUUUCGCCACUCCUUGG